AUGGAUUCAGAAUCUAGCAACGAGUCUGAACGCAGUUCGUAUGAUGAAAGUUCCGAUGAAGAUGAUUAUAACAGCGAUCUGGAAGAGGACUUCACAAAUUCCUUUGAAAAGUUUUCUACUACAUCAAGAAACUGGAGAAAAGGAAAUUUCAAUCCUCGUCUAUUUAAUUUUGAUUCAAGGAGUUGUGGAUUAUCCUCAAAAAUAAAAAAUCUUACUCUCGAAACACCACUUGAUUUUUUCGAGCUAUUUUUUGAUCGAAGAUUACUUGAAAUAAUUGUUAAAGAAACAAAUCGAUUUCAUGCAAAUUUUUCACGGACAAGCUACAGUCAUACAAUUCCAUGGGUCGAUACUACAAUCAAUGAAAUGUAUACAUUUUUAGCUACAGUUAUGCUGAUGCCUCACUCGAAAAAAAAUUGUAUUUGUGAUUAUUGGUCUACGAAUCAUCUUAUUUCAACACCUAUAUUUGCUGAACUUUUUACUAGAGAUCGAUUCAGAGCUUUACUUACUAAUCUACAUUUCAAUGACAACCAAAAUGAAAUCGUUGAAGAUAGUCUCUACAAAGUACGACCAAUUAUUGAUGAAUUAAAAAGAAAAUUCUUCUGCUGUUUGAAUCCAUAUAAAAAUCUUUGCAUUGAUGAAACAUUAACUCUAUGGAAGGGUCGUUUACAAUUCAAACAAUACGUACCAUCAAAACGUCAUAAAUUUGGAAUUAAAAUUUUUGCACUUUGUAACUGCAAAACAGGUUUUAUAAUGGAUUUCAUAGUGUUCACCGGUUCUAAUACGACACUCAAUUAUCACGUUGAUCUAGGAGUAACUGGAUCUAUAGUGAUAACUUUAUUAGAGCGCCUUUUGAACAAAGGACAUUCAUUAUUUGUGGAUAAUUAUUAUUCUAGUCCUAUUUUAUUUGAAUAUCUUCAUCAAUAUAAAACAGGAGCAUUUGGAACUGUCAGGAGCAACCGAGCUGGUUUACCGAUCUUCGAAGAAGUAGAAGAGUCUGGUACACAAGUUUUUUAUCAUACUGAUAAUUUACUUGCACUACGAUGGAAUGACAAAAAGGAUGUGAAUAUGUUAUCCACAAUUCAUGAACCCGUAAUGGUUCCAACGGGAAAAGUUCAGUUUGAGACACGACAACCGAAGAUGAAACCUCUUUGUGUGAAAGAAUAUAACGAAAACAGAGGUUUAGUCGAUAAAUAUGACAUGCAAAUAAGCUUCUCAGAGUAUAUUCGUCGAUCGGCAAAGUAG